AGGGGAUACAGAGUGGUCCACAUAAUUUUAAGUCGUACUUUAUCGAACCAUUCCAGUGCUGCUCAGUACAGUAUUUUCGCUCGAGGAUCCGACCAUGGAGUUAGGGCGAGCAGCUACGCUCCUGGCGCUCGGCACGCUGUCGCUUGUGAAUGCAGCCAUGUAUGCGCCCGACUCGGGCUUGCGUCAGGUGAUUGUGCUGUCCCGCCAUGGCGUUCGAGGGCCUUACGGACUGGGAACGGAGUCUCCGUCCGAGGAUCUGCUCAAGCAGUACGUACUCAACCCGAACCUCAAUCUACCGCUAAGCGCCAACGCCUGGGGCACGUCGGAGACCGAAGAUCCGGCGGAGAUCGUGUCACCCAAACUCACGAAGCACGGCUUCCACGUCGUGAAGCAAAUGGGAGCGUACUUUCGCGACCACCUUUACGAAGAGUUUUUAAACGCCGCGUGCGAGGAAACCUUUGCAUACGCGGACAACAACCAGCGCGAUAAUUUGACUGCUCUUGCGUUCUUGAGUGGGCUUUAUCCGUUAUGCACGGAACUUGUUCCGAUCACCAAGGAAACUCAGUCGCUGUUUGAACAGGGUCAAGACCCUACGGCGAACUGCCCGGUAUGCUCGAGAGCUGUGUAUGAAGGCAUUACCGGAAGCAACGACACGCGUUUUGUCCUCCAAGAAAUCCAAGAGGAAGUGGCAGAAGUUAACGAACUUCUCCAGUGCUGCGCCGCAUCAGUAUGCAGCACCGACGAGGAGCCUGAAAAGAGUGAUUCGACUGAGAGCGCAACGUGCGACCUGUUUGGAAUCCCCACGCAAUGGAAUGGCGCUUUUUAUCUCCCAUGGAAGGACACGCUCUCCAAUGCCGACUAUUUCUCCGAGUGGCUUCUGCUACAAAGUCUCAACAACAUGAGUCUGCCUUCGCAAUUAUCGUUCGAGAAAAUCUUGUCGCUGGCCAGGAUUCACGAGACCCACAUGGAUCUCAUUACCAACGAGGUCAACUCGGCCAACUUCGGAGCAACUUUGCUCGCCCACCUCACUGCUAGCUUCGAGCAAAAUAUUAUGCAAAAGCCAUUGCCGGUAGCAAAAGGUGAGGGGCCCCAUCUUUUGCAAGGCCCGGAGAAUCGACUACUGUACUAUGCUGCUCAUGACAUUAACCUGCUGUAUGUUCGCAAUCUUUUACGGUUGCAAUGGCAUACAAAGGGGUGGCAUCCGCAUCAACCUGUGCCUGGAGGCAUGCUUGUCUUCGAACUUCACGCUACUCCUACGAAGAGUAACAAGCAAACCUCACCAACGACGUCAGAGUUCCGCAAUCUAAAGUCUACUGGCCGAGUGUCUUGGGAUGUGGAAGUAGCUGUAGACACCGAGGACGCGAGUCGAUUCUACGUGAAGCUAUACUUCGUUGCAGCUUCUCCUGAACAGAUUCGCAACGGCGACGAGUUGUCCUCAGAAAACGUGAGAUAUAGUUCUUGCUAUGUAAACCCUCGGCAGCUAACCUGCUUUGUGGUGCUUUGCUUGGAAUAGCCACCCGAUCGUGUGCAAGUGAUCAUCCCGUCUUGCUCAGAGGAGAUUGAUAUCGGCGAUGGGGCUACGGACGUGCGCUGCCCGUUUUCAACGUUUAAGAAGCUGAUCGGUAAAACUCUGAAACACGUGUGUGUUGCUGAUACUCUGCGGCCGUUUGUCGACUCACUAAUUCACGAGAAGAUCACCAACCACUCUACGCUCACAACCGCCAUCAAAGUGGACCAAGUGAGAAGUAUUGGAAUCGGCAGUGCUGAUACCGGCAAAUCACUACCAAAGACGACCGCUGUAUUUGAGGCCCUACUGUGGACGGUGUUUGGGGUCCUGAUCCUCUGCUUCAUGGUGCUUUUGGUUCGCCACAUCUUCAACCGCCACCCGGAGCGACAGAAGUACGGAUCCAUCCCAAUGCAGAUAAACAAUCGCUAGACUGCAGGAGCUUAGGUUGCGUGGAUUGUACAUUGACUUUAAAAGUCUUGCUUGUAAGGACAUGUACUUCCUUUGUAAUCUACGAGCAUGUUUAGGUGGUAUUGUUCAGCUUAACUCAUCUUGCC